CGUGAGUAAGAGAGAAGAAAAGCCCAAACGUGAAGAAAGAGCCAGAGAAUCCUGUAGCUGACUUAUUGAAAGAUUUCACCGUUUACAUGUCUUCAGUUAAUUAUUUUCCUGUAGCCUGACAACAAUUAAUUUUAGAGGUCUAGCAGAGAUGAAGUAUUUAUCUCUUGAUCAAGAUGUUGUGGCUUUCAUUGUCCGACCAAUAACAAAUAUUUACGGUUCGUGGAUUUGAAUUCCAAUUGUGAGAUUUUGGAUUGACCGGAUUGUCAAAUGUAAAAAUUAAGACCACAUAUUGGAUUGCAAGUCUUAUGUUUUUUUCCCUCCAAAGAUCCUCCAUUUGGUUUGGAUGCAAGACAGCAUAAGAUUGAGCGGAUUUGAACAAACUUCUUACUCACUAUUAUCAAAUCGGUGUCAUGCCGGUCGUACAACCAGAUUCAAUCGUUACCAGACACAAAAGAGGUUCAAACAACCCUGGUGUGAAAUUUUCUUAUAAACGGAUCAAUAUCGGUCAUAAUCAAGAAACUAGUGCUCCGACCGGUAUGACCAACUUUUUAUCCCUAAAUGAGAUGAGGUCGUUUUGGUGAAUUAAAUUAACAAAAAAAUGAGCAUUUUUCAUUUGGUUUUAUAAUAUUCUAUAUUAUACAAAUAUGGAUUUUGAUGGUAUUUUUUUAUUCAAAUAUAAACGUUAAAUAUUGUAUUCAAAUAUGAUGAUUUCUCAUUUUGUUUGUAAUGGUUUGUAUUAUUAUUUCAAUAUGAAUGUAGAUAAUAGAGAGAUUUUCUUGAGAUAAGUUAUAUGCGUAAUUCAAUUGAUGUCAAUUGUCGCCAACUUCCCCUUCAUAUUUGAUUGAAACUAGCAUAAAUUAUUUGUUUCUCGAAUCUAUAAUACUACUAACUAAAUUGGUAUAACGGUGUAAACUGAUUUGAGGAGGAUAUGUUCUUUCUCAUUUACCCUCUUUCAUUCAAUGCAUCAUGUAUCUAAAAAUUGUGUAUAAUAGCAAAACAAAGGUCAAAUUACGUACCGAAUUUUAUUGGACGGACAAAGGAGCGUAUAUACACGAUAACAUUAUUGAUUUACAUAUAAUUAUUGCAUAUAUAAAAUUUAAAACUCAAGAUACUAGAAAUAGUUUCUUUCAAUCAAUGCACGGCAUCAUGUAUGUCAAAAUUGCCAAUAAUAAUUGAUUGAAAAUAUAUCUAUCAAAUUAUUGAAAAUAUAUCUUCUGAAGGUGCACCAGAUCACCACGUCAUCUGUCCAGGUGUUGCCCAGGCCCAAUAUAUGGCCACCAGUAUGAAAAAUCAAACAUUAAAAAUAUCAUUAAAUGUGGUAAAAAUGCGAUUAAUUUCGCUCUUUAAAGUUUAGGAAAUCAUAUUAUACUGGCCGGUCCGACCGGAAAUAUUGAAUACAAGACCCAAAAUGAUAGGCGAUUUUAGCGGUAGGAAACAGUUGAACAAUAAUUAAAUUAUGAUUUUGCUACAAAAUACCAUAUUAUUAACCUUUUUGAUAUGACCUCCAGUAAGGUUUCACAAACGUAAUCUUUAAACGAAGAAUUCCUCUAUAAUUGAUUAUACAGUUCUUUUUUUUUCCCAGUCUUUCUCCAUGUCUUCUCUAUUCUGUAUCUAUUUAUCCAUCUCUAGUUCACUUCUAUCCACUCUAUAUCUCUACUUUACUGUUGCCGCCAAUAACAACCCAAAUUUAUGGAUUCUCCGUGGUUACCCGUUAUCCUUUCCGUACGGGUAAUGAGUACCCGUUAAUCCGUACGGUUUUGAGACAUGAGAUGAAGUUUCUUCUCCAAAUGGGACUGAGUACCCGUUUCAAACGAGAAGAGUACCCAGUCUCGUCCCCUUGCCCACUCCUAUAUAAAUACCAUCGUUGAAAUCCCCGAAAAUUGCAAGCUAUAAUUAAACAUGAAAUAUUGUAUUCAAAUAUGAUGAUUUGUUAUUUUGUUAGUAAUGUUGUAUUUUAUUUAAGGACUGAUAUCAUACAACGUUUGAAAUAUAUAAAAAAAUGUUGAUUGUAUACUAUUUUAUUCAAUGUUCUAAUCCUAUCCCGUUAUAUGAUAAUUUGUGCUAUUUAUGCCAUGACGCUUUCAUUGACCGUUAGAGAUAACGGUUAACCAAACGGUGAUUAAAGCAAUGUUAACUUUUGUUGAAGUGGUAGAAAAUGUGGCAUCCAUAAAACAUAAAUUUUAUAAUUAAAAAUACUAAAAACGGUUAAUAUAUUUGCCGUUGCCCACUCCUAUAUCAACUUAAUUUCACAAUUCUUGGGGGUAUGAUUAAUUUUUGUGGUCCAUCAUAUUAUUUUGAUGCAACAGUUUUUAUUCUCGCCUAUAUAAUUGAUCACGCGGCUGACAUAUAUUGCUAGCUAGUGAUGUCAAAGAUUUGAUUCUUUGAUUAAGUUUUGAAAUAUGUACUUUCAAAACUUAUUACAAGCGUCGGGAGGAUAUUGGGUGGAGUAGAAAAAGAAUCUUUGAUCUCAGAAGAAGUAAAUGCCACAAGACCAACACAGUACUCCCCCAACUGCAAACCCAAGUUAAAUAGGUGCACCGUGCAUGGAAGAAAACUCUCACCAAUUUUCUCUAAAGCAGACCAUUGUCAUGAACGGCGGGUCAAGCUCCGGCGGAAGACGUUCCAACAGCGGCAGCGGCAGCAACAGCGACGAUGAAGCAGCAGCUGGGUUCCUUUACCUCGGCCUGGGCGACUACAGCCUCAGUUACUACAACGCCUCCCUCAACAUGUCCGCUGCCGAACUGAAAGAGUGGGUCAAUGAACACUACGGAGUGCCGAUAAGCCGGAUCAAGAUCUACCAUGAAUCCAACGCCGCAGAAGACGGGGAGCUGAUGGAUGACCGCCGGACGCUGGCUUACUACGGCUUCACCAAAGGAGGUAACCGCGUCUACCGCAUGCGGAUCGCGGAGCAGCGGCGGAGCACCCUCUUCCCCUUGUGGGUGUCUGAGUCUGGCGUUGACGGUUAUUCCCUUCACUUCAAUGUCACGGAGGCUACCACCGUAGCACAGCUCAAGGACAUGAUCCUUGAGAGGUUGAGGGGGCCUGAUGGUGGCGGUGGCCGUGGCCGUGGCGGUGGCGGUGCCCUAACUUUGCAUCACCUCAUCGACACCGAGGGACUCAACAACAUCCCUAUGGUGUGCGAGGACAAGCCUCUGAGUGCGGAUCCCAUGACUAAGGGGGGUCCUUAGUCACUUGACUAAGCUCCUCCUAGCCAUUAGAUCUGGACACUUCAAUCUAAUGGUUAAAAAGUGGGAAGGGCUAUUUAAUUAAUGAUAGGGGUAGUUUGGGUAUUAUGGAAAAUUACAAAGUAUACAAACUGGAUUUACAAUCAGUACAAACCAUACAAACAUACGAACAGUACAAACUAGAGCGACAAAACAUACAAACAUUACAAACGUAUGAACUGUACAAACAAUACAAACUAGACCGACAAACAAUACAAACCAUACAAAAAGAAAAAACACCCGGGUUGACUUUCGAGGCUCCAUCCCUAUAUAGAGGGGCUCCUUCCCAAAGUCAACCCAGGUGUUUUUUAGACAUACAAACAGUACGAACAUGGUGGACAAAAAUGACAAACUAUAGCGACAAUCCAUACGAACUAAAAAAACACCCGGGUUGACUUUGGAGGCUCCAUCCCUAUAUAGAGGGGCUCCUUCCCAAAGUCAACCCGGGUGUUUUUUAGACAUACAAACAGUACGAACAUGGUGGACAAAAAUGACAAACUAUACCGACAAUCCAUACGAACUGAAAAAACACCCGGGUUGACUUUGGGGGCUCCAUCCCUAUAUAGAGGGACUCCUUCCCAAAGUCAACCCGGGUGUUUUUUAGACAUAAAAAACAUUACAAACAUGGUUGACAAAAAUGAUAAACACGAUACACAAAAAUAACAAAGUUUACAAACAUUACAAAUAAAACCGACAAACAUUACAAAAUAACAAAGCAUACAAACAUUACAAAAAAACCCGACAAACAUUACAAAAAUAACAAAGCGUACAAACAUUACAAAAUAAACCGACAAACAAUACAAAGCAUUACUAACAGUACAAAAUCUCUCUCUCUCUCUCUCUCUCUCUCUCUCUCUCUCUCUCUUGGGAACUUGGGGAAUAAAUUCCCAUAACAAAAAGUGACCGCCCAGGUGACGGAAUUCCCUGGUCGGCGAUGGCGGAUCCCGGCGGGGGAAAAAAAAGAGACGGACGGCAGGGCAGGGAGAGAAGAGCCGGAAAAAAAUAUUUAAUAAUUAAAAAUAAAAAUAAUCAUGAACUUACAGUUUUGCCCUUCAUUAAAGUAGAUUAAUUGUAGCCAUUAGAUUUUAAUGAGAUGGAAGGGCUGAGAUUUAUUUAGUCAUGUGACUAAGGCCCCCCCUCUUAGUCACCUGAUCCUAGCCCCAAGCCUCUGCUGUACUACCUGGUCACCGAAGGCCGCCACGUGAGGAUGAGCUAUGGCGGCUGAUCCAUGGAGUGAAUAAUUAGUGUGUCGUGUGUCGUUAGGAGGUUGUGUUUGGUUUGAUCAUUUCUUGUAUUUGUUGUUUGUGUGGCAAAAGAGAGUCAAGUUAAGGGGGUAGUUUGAGUUAGUUUGAGUCAAUGUUGGGUUUAGUUUAUGAAAAUCGGGGUAGUGAGAAGUUGGCGAUUUAUGUACUCUUGGAUCAUGUAUUCUCUUCUUUUUUUUUUCUUUUUUUUUUUGAAAUAAAAUAUCGCUAGUUUA